AUGGAGCCCACGCAAGAUAGGAUCAGAAGGGAACUAUAUGGCCGAAAAACUACGGACCACGAACUCCUGGUGGUUCUCGGGGAAAUCUAUUACGGAAAGUUGAGACCACGUCUCCAACGGUUUCUGUCCGUCCGAGGGCUUAAACACAUCGUAAUCGUCGAGUGCACAAACGAGGAACAUCCCGUUCCUUUGAGGAUCAGUGCCGCAUUACGACGCGAUCUUAUCCACGUUUUCAAGAAGCCGAACCUGAUAUCAACAGAAGACAGGUGGAUAAACUUGAUUUGUGAGCUCGGAGAGGACCCACAUCAUGAUUACGGCUUGUUGUUCCUGGAUGAUUGGGAUGGGCAGAAAAUAGCGGUACUUGUGGGGGUGCCAUUGAUCGUUAGUAUACUAACCGCAAUUCUAUGGAUCGCAAGUACCGGGGAUAUCCAGAAUGCCAUGGCGGUAUCCACUUAUAUCUUGAGUGCAACCGGAGUUGUUGUUGGGCUGCUGGCCGUACUGGGUACCAUAGACGACUAG